AUGCGUUCUCUAAAGAAGGCCAGUGACUUUCUGUGCCAAUGCUGUGUAUGGGAGAGGAGAAGACAGAGACUUGACUUGGAGGCCUACCUGUACCACCAGUGCGGACUUGACUCCCAGUUUCGAAAUCAGUAUGACAAUGAUGUCACUGUUUGGAGCCCUCAGGGCAGGAUUCAUCAAAUUGAAUAUGCAAUGAAAGCUGUUAAACAAGGUUCAGCCACACUUGGUCUGAAAUCAAAAACUCAUGGAGUGUUGGUUGCAUUGAAAAGGGCACAAUCAGAGCUUGCAGCUCAUCAGAAAAAAAUUCUCCAUGUUGACAACCAUAUUGGUAUCUCAAUUGCAGGGCUUACUGCUGAUGCUAGACUGUUAUGUAAUUUUAUGCGUCAGGAGUGUUUGGAUUCCAGAUUUGUAUUCGAUAGACCACUGCCUGUGUCUCGUCUUGUAUCUCUAAUUGGAAGCAAGACCCAGAUACCAACACAACGAUAUGGCCGGAGACCAUAUGGUGUUGGGCUGCUUAUUGCUGGUUAUGAUGAUAUCGGCCCUCACAUUUUCCAAACCUGUCCAUCUGCUAACUAUUUUGACUGCAGAGCCAUGUCCAUUGGAGCCCUUUCCCAAUCAGCUCGUACUUACUUAGAGAGACAUAUGUCUGAAUUUAUGGAGUGCAAUUUAAAUGAACCAGUUAAACAUGGUCUGCGUGCCUUAAGAGAGACACUUCCUGCAGAACAGGACCUGACUACAAAGAAUGUUUCCACUGGAAUUGUUGGUAAAGACUUGGAGUUUACAAUCUAUGAUGAUGAUGAUGUGUCUCCAUUCCUGGAAGGUCUUGAAGAAAGACCACAGAGAAAGGCACAGCCUGCUCAACCUGCUGAUGAACCUGCAGAAAAGGCUGAUGAACCAAUGGAACAUUAAGUGAUAAGCCUAUGUAUGUAUUAUCAAAUAUGUAAGAAUACAGGCACCACAUACUGAUGACAAUAAUCUAUACUUUGAACCAAAAGUUGCAGAGUGGUGGAAUGCUAUGUUUUAGGAAUCA